AUGGGCUUUCAAGAGGAGACGAAAUGCUUGUGGGAUCUGGUUGCUAGACAAGUCAUUUGGGGUGUUUGGUUGCCCAGAAAUGGGAGAUAAGGCCUCUGUCCGUCCACAGGUAAAAGAUGCCUGCUUUCUGCAGCAUAUGUGGACAGCCGCAAGUGGGAAGCAAGAGAAAAAGAACAUUAUCACCUUGCUGAUCUCGCAUCUUUAAUGGAUAAAACAUAUGACAGGAAGUUGCCUGUUAGUUCUUUAACAGUAUCACGGUUUGUGGACAACAUUUCAUCUCGAGAAGAGGUGGACCAUGCAGAGUAUUACCUUUACAAGUUUCGACACAGCCCCAACUGCUGGCACCUGCGAGACUGGACUAUCCACACCUGGAUUAGGCAGUGUCUAAAAUAUGGUGCAGAAGACAAAGCCUUAUAUACCGUAGUAAAUAAGGUUCAAUAUGGAAUUUUUCCAGAUAACUUUACAUUCAAUUUACUGAUGGAUUCUUUCAUAAAAAAAGAAAACUUCAAAGAUGCUUUAUCUGUGGUUUUUGAGAUCAUGAUGCAAGAAGCCUUUGAAGUACCUUCUACCCAACUUCUGGCCCUCUAUGUUUUAUACCAUUGCCUGGCAAAGAAGACAGACUUCAGUUGGGAAGAGGAGAAGAAUUUCGGUGCAUCCCUAUUACUUCCAGGCCUUAAACAGAAGAACUCAGUGGGUUUGAGUUCCCAGUUAUAUGGCUGUGCACUUCUUGGGAAGGUGGAAUUGCAGCAAGGGCUACGAGCUGUGUACCACAAUAUGCCUCUGAUAUGGAAACCAGGCUACCUUGACAGAGCCCUUCAAGUGAUGGAGAAAGUGGUCUCCUCCCCAGAAGACACAAAGCUAUGUAGAGAAGUGCUCGAUGUGCUGGAUGUAGUGCUGAAGGCUGUGACUUCUUUGGCUGAUGGGGCUUCUGAGGAACAGUCCCAAGAAGGUGAAGACAACCAGGAGUCAGAAAGACUGGUGGAGCAGUUAGACACAGAGGAAACAGAACAGUCCAAGCUUCCCCAAUACUUGGAACGGUUUAAGGCCUUACAUUCUAAGCUUCAGGCUCUGGGCAAAGUUGAGUCAGAAAGCCUUUUGACUCUGACCACCCAGCUUGUCAAGGAAAAGCUGCCCACCUGUGAAGCAGAGGACAUCACCGCUUACGAGCAGAAAUUGCAGCAGUGGCAUCUGGAGCGGGUACAGUUGAUUCAGAGAGAACAGGAGCAGAAGGCGAGAGCGAAACAGGAGUACCAGGCAAAGGCAGCUGCCUAACUGGGCCCCCAGGACCACAAGAGCCUCUCCAGACCCUGUGGGACUCUGCAGUGGCCGUGACACAAAUCUCAGUUUCCACCAUUCGUCGUCGUCUUUUGUUGAAGUAGGCCACAUUGUUCUACACAUCAAGGCCCUGUGACUGCCUAUCCAGAUGCCAAGAAGGGCUGUGAAGCUGUGGAAGUGGCAAGUGGUCAGACUGAAGCCACCAGCUAAUGACCUUGAAAAGGGCUCUUAAGGCUUAUGGUUGAGUUCCAGGAGCACAGAGAUCAAUUUUGAGCAUUGAAAGUUCCCAAUACCUAAAGUAGGUGGAGGAAGAACCUAUGGCUGAAGAGUCAGGUCUCAGGCAUGGGCUUUGAAUGGUCUCCCUCUUCCCAGCCCAGGCCCAUCAGGCCAAGGUCCCUGCAUGUGCUGAGACCUUGUGCCCAAGUCUGCUCUGGUGCAUGUGUCACUGAAUCAGCUGUGGGUGCUCACAUCCUCACUUGCUCCUUUCCACCAUGCCUCGCCCUUCCAGACCUGCAGUGGGAGAGGUUCAGGACAGGAGUGAACUCAAGAUCAUGAACCUACUGGAUCUCAAAUUUCAGGCACUCAGGGCCGGCCUGUGGCUCACUUGAGAGAGAGUGGUGCUGAUAACACCAAGGCCACGGGUUCGGAUCCUA